UUCAAAAUCACCUCUACGGCACAGGAAAGCCAAAUCCCAAACACAAAAGUGAAAAGGAUCGCCCAACGUACCAGUAAAAAAAUACACACACCAUUGCCCCUAGGGUUUGAUUUAUACGACAGGAUUUUAGCUACGGCUGUUAAGGUAUACAAUGUUGUGCAGUUGAAAGGACACUUUCAUUACUUACAGUAGAAAAGAGAAUUUUUUUCUCACUCGACCCGACCUGGCCAAAAUCGCAACCGGCUGAUCUCUCAAACCUUCAAUACCAUGAUACAUUGAAAUCGUCUGUCAUCAAGGAGAAAAGAUCUACAUUCUCAGCUGUGCAAGGAGGGUGGUUUUGAAGAAGACAUAAAUCAGUUGCUAAUUGAAACAAACAACAUGAACGGGGAGCCUGUGCAGAAGAUUAUCGAGAACCAAGUGCUGACCAUAGCAAAAGCAGUAGAGGAGAAGCUGGAUGAGCAGAUAUCUUGUUUAGAUCUAGAUCGGUUGGAUGAAGAUGAUUUGGAGCAGCUGAGAGAAAGAAGGCUACAGGAGAUGAAGAAGAUGGCUACAAAGAGACAGCAUUGGCUUUCUCUAGGUCAUGGGGAAUACCAAGAAAUACCCACAGAGAAAGAAUUCUUUGCUGUCGCCAAGGCAAGUGAGCGUGUUGUUUGCCACUUCUACAGAGAGAACUGGCCAUGCAAGGUAAUGGACAAGCACCUGAGUCUCUUAGCCAAACAACAUCUAGAGACACGCUUUGUGAAAAUUCAGGCAGAGAAGAGUCCAUUCUUGGCAGAAAGGCUGAAAAUAGUUGUUCUGCCUACAUUGGCACUGAUAAAGAAUGCCAAAGUUGACGAUUAUGUGGUGGGCUUCAAUGAGCUAGGCGGGACAGAUGAGUUCAGCACAGAAGAACUUGAGGAGAGAUUGGGUAAAUCCAAAAUAAUUGCAUUUGAGGGUGAAUCAUCUGAAGGCAGGUGGAGAUCCAAAGCUGCUUCUAACAAACGGAGCAUUCGACAAGGUGGUAACCAAGAUGAUUCAGAUUCAGAUGAUUGAUAAUUUUACCCGAAUAUAUGAAACGCCUUGUGCUUAGUGUAGUUGAAUGAUUAUAUUUUGAAGACUGGAACUGCUUUUCGGGAUCAAAUUUGUUAUGCAAUAGAGUAGCAAUUUGAAAGGGUUUUGAUACGUAAUCAAAACACAAUUUCUUCUCUCGAUCUUCUAAUCUUCUUCUGCUGGAGAAUCCUUUAGCAACAUUUUCUACUUAGCAGAAGGAUUUCUUUAUUUUUACAAUCAUAUAUACUCUUGUUUAUAGACUUUCUAAACAAUAUUUUUUUUUUUAAUGUUCAUUCAUACAAAUUAAUUGGGAUUAAUAAGUUCAAGUGCU